GUCUCGAUUUUGCAUCCAAAUUCCCUCCCUCAGUGUGUGCGUGAGAAAGAACACAUAUAAUACAAAAUGAAGAAGGUGGCGAUGUUCUUAUUGCUGCUGCUUUGCGCUACUUCUCAAAUAGCUUCAUCUGUCAAAGACGGUUUAUUGCCAAAUGGGAACUUCGAGUAUGGGCCAAAGGCAUCAGAACUGGAAGGAACAAAAGUGAUGAGCGCCAAGGCCAUUCCCAACUGGGAGAUUUCAGGCUAUGUUGAGUACAUAAAAUCAGGUCACAAGCAAGGUGACAUGUUGCUAAUAGUACCCGAGGGAGCCUUUGCAGUUAGGUUGGGGAAUGAAGCCCUUAUUAAGCAGAAAAUUGAGGUAGUUAAGGGCGACUUUUACUCUCUAACCUUCAGCACAGCUCGCACAUGUGCACAAGAAGAAAGAUUGAAUGUUUCGGUCUCGCCAAACAACGAGAAAAACGACUUCGGAUUGUUUCCGAUUCAAACAAUGUAUAGCAGCAAUGGAUGGGAUUCAUAUGCAUGGGCAUUCCAAGCUGAUGCGCACGUAAUUGAGAUCUCAAUACAUAAUCCAGGCGUGGAGGAAGACGCAGCUUGCGGCCCCCUUAUUGAUUCAGUCGCAUUGAAGACCUUGUACAAUCCGAAACGUACCCGAGCCAAUCUACUAAAGAAUGGAAACUUCGAAGAAGGUCCUUAUAUCUUCCCAAGGCCGACUUCCGAAGGAGUUAUAAUUCCACCCCACAUUGAGGAUGAUCACAGUCCUUUACCAGGCUGGAUAAUUGAAUCCCUGAAAGCCAUUAAGUACAUCGACAGUGAACAUUUCUCAGUACCAAAAGGCAAACGGGCCAUCGAACUCAUAGCCGGAAAAGAAAGCGCGGUUGCACAAAUCGUUAAGACAGCAAUCGGAAGAAACUAUGUGCUUUCAUUCCUUGUUGGUGAUGCUAACAAUGGAUGCGAAGGUCCCAUGGUGGUGGAAGCAUUUGCAGGCAAAAACACUGUGAAGGUGUCGUAUAACUCCAAGGGCAAAGGUGGAUUCAAAGCAGCUAGACUUGCAUUCAGGGCAGAGUCGACACGAACUCGGAUCAUGUUCUAUAGCACAUUUUACGCCAUGAAAAGUGAUAACUCGGGUUCUCUUUGUGGACCAGUGUUGGAUGAUGUGAAGCUGCUUAGUGUCCGAAAAUUGCAUCACCUGUAAAUUAAAACUGUCUGGAAAAUGUUAGUUGCAUUGCUUAUGCAACUCAUCCCAUUAGGGGUAACAAAAACAGUGAGGGUUUAAUUCAUUCCGCUGAUGUUAUGUUUAUAUAGCUUUCUUCAUUAAUUUAAAUUAAAUGGUAUGUUAGGCUGCUGCUUUCUUUAA